AUGUUUGUGCGGGCUGCAGUCACUCCGUCAAUUGAUCAGCCAGUCAGUCACCUGUUGCUGUCACCUGCACCGGUCGAAAUCGAUUAUGAGGCGAUGGAGACGGAUGGUUUAUUGUCGGAAAAUGGAUAUCGAGUUUGGAGAGGUUUGCAUCGUGAUUGGCGCAUAUUCGAUUUAAUCCUCCUGUUGGUGGGGGCACCUCUUUGUGUGAACGUUGUGUGCACCGACCGACCGCGCACGCCACCCGCCUGUAUCCAGGUCGAUAAAGACGCCACAUUUUGUUGUUGUUGUGUGGACCACUUUGUGACCGAUCGAGCGAUCGAUCGCUUGAGUAUAGACGAGUCUGCUGGGGGAGGGGCCAAGAGGAGAAGGACUAGGGUUGAAGUCGCUGCCCUUCUGUUGCUCGCUGGGCCACCUCCAGUUAGCCGACAACCAGAGGACAAGCUCAGGUCGGAGCGACCGACAGGCCGCUCCAUUGCAGUCGCGGCCGUUGGACUUGCCAUAGAGUAG